AUGAGCUCCCUGUGGAGAAAAAAGAAAGACAUCUCUGGAACACACGAGGAGUCGCCUGGCGAUGGUGACAUUCAAAGUGCGGAGGACCCGCGGGGACGAACAUCUCAUGAACCAACCGAGCGCACAAGGCUACUUCCGCCCGAGCAAAAUCAGGGAUAUCUAAGUCCUGAUGAUCCUGCAGUAUCACCAUACAAUCUAUGGAGCGUCCGUGCCGUACGCGGCCUGUCUCUACUAGCUUUAGCCAUAAGCUUCGUCUGGUGGACAUUCCUCCUAGUCUCUAUAUUCGUCAGUCCACCACUCAUGCACUCACGUGGCUCGGGCUUCUUUGCCUUCGCAUAUACAACAUUAGCGACGGGAUAUCUCGUUCUCGGCCUGUUAUUCUUCGCCAUCCCAUCUCAACCCAUGGCUAUUUGGGGUAUCAUUCUCUCUAUCUUACUAUUGAUAGACAUGAUCAUCAUCCUAGCUGUCCCACACAUGAGACUCGAAGAAGGCUGGGUAGGUAUCGCAUCCGUUGUCUGGGCAGCAUCUAUAUCAUUGUACCAAGUGAUUCAAAAUUGUGCUGUAGCAUGGGGCAAGCGCGAAGAAGAAGAGAGGCUUACAGGUCGCGAGGAGACACGGCGUUCUCUACGAGAAUGGCUAGUCAUUUUAAUCCAAAUGGUCGUUCUUGCCGUAAUGACUAUUGCCGCAAUUCUGUUCACUUCAACGUUGACUCUCCGUUCUAUUGAUGUAUCGCUCGAGCCAGCUGGAAAGUUAUACUCUGUAUACGGCGACACGUACCAAGUUCACCUUGCUUGUGUCGGAAAUCGGACAGAAGAUAAUGCCAAUGAACCGACAAUUCUACUUGAAGGCGACUACGGCCCCGUCGAACAUACAUUACAACCAUUCAUGGACGAUGCAUACCGCCACGGAACCAUCGCCCGAUACUGCUACUGGGACCGUCCAGGAAUCGGAUGGUCAGACAAUGCCCCAUCGCCCCAUUCAGCCGGAAUGUCAACAGAUGUAUUAUCCGAAGCGUUGGCCUUAGCAGAAGAAACCGGCCCCUGGGUCGUCGUUUCAGCGGGUGUAGGCAGUCUCUAUUCCCGCCUAUUCGCCAGUCGCCAUCUUCUCGAAGUGAGUGGAAUCUUCCUCAUCGACCCAUUACACGAGGCAUAUCUAGAUGAUAUCGGCAAGCCGAAUCGAGGAUUUUUCCUCUGGAUUCAGGGCAUACUCUCUCCAUUGGGAGUAGAUCGGUUAGCUGGGGCUAUAUUUCGACGCCGAACGCGCGAGGACCGUGUAAUAGGACGAUCAGCGUAUCAAUCUGGGAAGUUCAUUAAAGCAAAACUGCAAGAGAACUUGGUAGCUGUUACGAUGACAGCUGCUGAGGUACAGUCUGCUCGCCAUAUUCAGAUGGGAGAGACUCCUGUUGUUUUAGUCAGCUCUGGACAGAAAAUGAAAGACGAAAAAUGGGCAAAGCGGCAAGAGGAUCUUUCCCAUAUUACUCACAAGCUUAUUUCGUGGGAUGUUGUCCAUGAUGCUCCACAUGAGAUUUGGACUGAUAUGGAGGGCCGACGGGUAUUGGAGCAGAGGUUGAAGGAUAUUGUGAAGGAAAGCCAGUCACAAAGACCAUGGCGUUGA